CCAGCGCAGCGCACCCGGUCUCACGCGGCGCACCGUCACGAACCGCAUCGGUCCAGCGAGCUAUCACCCCUCUGUCUUCACCAGGCCACGUCGCGCCCAUGCACGGUGACACCACGCCACGCCACCCCCACGUCGCGCGCGCGCCUCCCAUCGCCUGCCUAUACAUUAUCGACCGCCGAGGCCUCUCCGCUUCGCCUCGCAUCGCACCCCACACCGCGGGACGAUCUAUCGGUCAGAAAAAGCGAGCAGAGCGGUGGGGGAGAAUGGCGGUGGCGGCGGCGACGGUUCGAUGGCUCGUCCUUCUCCUGGCCGUGUCGGCGGCGGCCACGGCGUCGCGCGAGAAGUGGUGGCAUGGCGCCGGCGGCGAGGCGAGUGGUGGCGGCCACCUCGUGCAGAAGGAGUGGCGGAGGGUGGUCGCCGCGAGCGACGCUGGCCUGGUGACGGCCGUGGAUGUCGCCGACGCGGCCGGCACCGCGUACCGGCUGCACUUCAUCACGAUGAGCCCCGGGACGCUGUUCCUCCCCGUGCAGCUGCACGCCGACAUGGUGUUCUACGUGCACAGCGGGAGGGGCAAGGUGACUUACAUAGAAGAAGGGGACAGUGAAUCAAGUUCGCUUCAGGUGGAGAGGGGGGACGUCUACAACUUCGAUCAGGGUACCAUCCUCUACAUUCAGAGUAACGCAUGCGGCACGAGAGAGCGCCUUCAAAUUUACGCCAUCUUCACCAGCGACAGCAUCAACGCUGAUGACCCAAGGCAUCCGACAUCAGAAGUUUAUUCCUUUGUCAGUGACCUGUUGAAAGGAUUUGAAGUAGAAGUCCUUCGACCGGGCUUCGGGGUUCCACGCGAAGUUGUGGAAUCCAUCAAAUCGACCAAAACCCCGCCGGCGAUCAUACCGUAUAAUCCAGAGGAGGAGGACGAGGACGACUCGUCAAAUUGGACGGAGGAAAUCACCGACGCGCUGUGGGGAGUGCGAGAUCCUCACUUCCUGAACAAGAAGAAGAAGGACAAACAAAAGGACAAGCACAAGGGCAAGGACAAGAAGUCCAAGAGCAAGGCCUUCAACUUCUACUCCGGCAAGCCGGACGUCGAGAACUGCUACGGAUGGAGCAGAUCGAUGACCAACCGAGACCUCGAGACCUUGCGGGGAUCCAACAUUGGCAUGUUCAUGGUGAACCUGACCACGGGCGCCAUGAUGGGACCUCACUGGAACCCGAGAGCGACCGAGAUCGCCGUUGUGACCCAGGGCGCGGGGAUGGUGCAGAUAGUCUGUCCCAGCAUCCCGUCCGGCGAGAGCAAGAAGCAUCACCACGAUGAGGAGGGCGGCCGUGGCGAUCACGGCCACGGCGGCGGCGGCGUCCGGUGCAAGAACUCGUUGUUCAGGGUGAAGGAAGGCGACGUGCUCGUGGUGCCGCGGUUCCACCCCAUGGCGCAGAUAUCCUUCAACAACGACUCGUUCGUGUUCGUCGGGUUCAGCACCGACAUGGGCCACAACCACCCGCAGUUCCUCGCCGGGAGGCACUCCGUCCUGCAGGUGAUCGGCAAGGAGAUUCUGGCGCGGUCGCUCGGCCAGGACAACUCCACCAACGUCGGGAGGCUGCUGUCGUCGCAGCGCGAGUCGACGAUAAUGGCGUGCACCUCCUGCGCGGAGGAGCUGGAGAGGAAGGCGGAGGAGGAGGAAGAGGGUGGUGGAGGGAAGGGGGAGAAAGAGCGGGAGGAGGAAGAGAGGAGGCAGCGGGAGAAAGAGGAGGAAGAAAGGAGGAGACAAGAAGAGGAGAGGAAGAGGAGGGAAGAAGAAGAGAAGGAAAGGAGAGAGCGGGAGGAGGAGGAAAGGAGGCAGAGGGAGAAGGAAGAGAAGAAGAGGAGGGAGGAAGAAGAGCAGAGGAGAGAAGAGGAAGAAGAAGAGCGGAGGAGAGAGGAAGAGGAGGAGGAGCAAGAGGAUGGAAGAGGAGAUGAGCCAAAACCGAGGAGGGAAGAGGAGGAAGGAGACUGGGGAGAGCGGCAGAUUCGUUUGCCCAGGAGCUUGAAAAAACGCUUCAUCGGAAUCAAGGGCAGGCUCUCCAGUGGCUAAGCAAGUGAGCAGAGAGGGACAUUUGGAGGUGAACGCGUCCAGCUACAGUAGUUUCUGCGUAAAUAAUGCUGGUCUUGCUCGUGUAGAGGCCGGCCUGCAUACUACGUGCGUACUUUCGUUUCUUCCACUGUGUCGUGAUGUAGCUGAGUUAAAUAAGCUGUUGAUGUGUAUAAUCGUAGCCUCCUCCCUUCCAAGAACCCGCCUGUAAACGGUUAAGUAAGCUGUUAAUGUGUAUAAACGUAGCUUUCCUCUCAUGUUA